AGUACGCAGCCGUGCUCCGCGGUGCCCGUGCCCAUAGGGUUAGGUGAGGGUUAGUCACCGGAUUCUAAAAUCCCACAAAUCCGCGCCCUGCCUUGCCUCGAUGCGUGCUCCGCAUCCGUCCCGUCGCCACUGCUUUUGCAACAGCGCCGGCUCACUGUGCUUCUGUCCUUCGCCAUAGCGCCCAUGCCGCUGCUUUUCAUUUUACUACAUAUAUGGAGCACCUUCACUCGUCUCUUCCUCUUUCCCUCCGCCUGGUACUCGGCGCAAGCGCCUUUCUCCUCCUCGACUCCGUCGCCGUGAUCUGCUACGUAGCAGAAGGGCAGGCACGCGCAGAUCCUCUGGCUGUCCUGUCGGCCUCUUCUGCAGCUGUUCCAGAUGGGGGACAUACUCAUUCCUAGCCUUAUGGUUGGAGACUGCUCUCGCACCUUGUGUUUGCGUGUCUCUAGGCUUUGGGAAUUCCUUGAUCCUCAGGAUGACAGUAGGCUCCUGCAUACUGAUCUUGUUUUGCUUGAUGAAGAGGGAAACAGCAUACAUGCCCAGAUCUAUCCUCCGUUGUGCCAACAGUUCAGUGCGCUGCUCGAUGAGGGAGGGAUAUACAACUUGAAGUAUUUCUUAGUCAGGAAAGCUAACAGAUUCUACAAACCGGUAGAAAAUUGCAACAUGAUCAGCUUUACAAAGUGGACUACGGUUGAGGUUGUCCUCCAGAUCCCCCCUGCUUUUCCGGUUUGCACAUAUAACCUCACUCCCAUAGACCAGCUCCAACCGCGCGUGGACUACAAGGAAUAUUUCACUGAUGUGCUCGGUGUUGUCAGCGUGAUCUCCCAGGUUUCAUCAGUACGCACAAGGGGACGACAGGCUGAGGUUAUGAAGAGAACAGUCACUAUAAGCAAUGCAAGGGAUACCGGUCCAACCGUUGAUGUUGUGCUUUGGGGCGAGCGGGCCACAGCUUUCCCAGCUGAACAGGUCCACAGGGACAGUGGAUCCUCACCACAGAUCAUAAUAUUUGUUGGCACUCUCGUGAGGAGCUACGCUGAUAAUGUGUCUUUGUCGGGAGGAUCGUCAUGCAAGUGGUACAUAAACGAACCGGUCCCAGAAGUAAACGCUCUCAGAGCUAGUGCUGAAACCAACCACCACCCUGUCAUCUGGGAUCAGGGCAAAGCAGCUGCUGAGAGUACAGUAAUUGCAGUUCCUGAACAUAAGAAGCUCAAGGAUAUUAAGUACCUCCAUCCUUUUGAAAAUAAGAAGAAGGAAUGGCUUGUCAUCGUAAAGGUGCUCAAGAUUGAUAGCUCAUGGUGGUACAACGCAUGCAAAAAAUGCCUUAGGACAACCAAACCGCACGGUGACACAUACAAGUGCACCAAUAUUUCCUGUGACAACAUAGGAUCGCCUACCCCAAGGUACAAGAUAUCCCUCACCGCUGAAGACGAUACUGACACCGCCGAGUUUAUCUUCUUUGGACGAAUGGCACAGCGCCUCAUUAAAAAAAAUGUGGACGCCCUCAUCUCGACUAAUCCACCCGGUUUCAUUCCAAGAGAAAUUACAAAUCUACUGGAAAAGUCUUUCGAGUGGAAUGUUAGCUUCACUGAAAGCACAAUUAUUUAUAGCAGUGUUUCCUUCCAAGUGAAUGCUAUAAACGCAGAAAUCGAUGGUGGCAACAUACUUCCAACUACAUCGUCCUCACAGCCAUCGUCGACCAUACUUUCGCAAGGUCAGGCAUUUCCCCCUUCUGACUGA